AUGGCUUUUCUCGGACUCAUUUUGAUUCGUCAUUUUAAUAUCAAGAAUCCUCUUCGUGUCAGCGAGGAAAUUCCUACUUUCCGUUGUAAUUCUAAUAAUAAUCUUGCCAGAGAAUUAUUGGGUUGUUCGGAAAAGCUGAUAUAUAAUUUAAAUGCUGCAAAUGGUGCAAAUAGUUUAAAUAUGGAUAGCAAUAAGCAGCAUUUUCGUCAUAUUUUCCUUUUUUACUAUAGAAAAGGUAAAAAUGCUGUUCAAGCCAGAAAGAAAUUAAUCGAGGUGUACGAAGAAGAUGUGUACGUCAGUGCCAGAACUGGUUUGCAAAAUUUCGAUGUCGAAGAUGCACCACGUUCUGGAAGGCCGGUUGAAGCUGAUAAAGACACGAUAAAGGCAUUAGUUGAUGCAAACCGGCGAAUAACAACACGUGAGAUCGAUGAGAGGUUAAAUUUAUUAAAUUCAACUGUUUAUGACCACUUGAAAGGCCUGGGUUUAACCUCGAAGCUUGAUAUAUGGGUUCCCCAUGAUCUCGCGGAGAGAAAUUUGUGUCGUCGCGUUGACGUCUGUGAUUCGCUUCUCAAACGUCACGAAAAUGAUCCAUUUUUGAAGCGCAUCAUUACUGGGGACGAAAAAUGGGUUGUAUAUAACAAUGUCAAACGCAAGAGAUCAUGGAGCAAAAAAGAUGAACCGGCUCAAAGCAUUUCCAAACUGGACAAAUUGAAUGAUGCACUUCAACAGAAAAGGCCAGAAUUAAUCAACAGAAAAGGUGUAGUGUUUCACCAAGAUAGUGCCAGACCUCAUACAAGUUUGGUCUCUCGCCAAAAGCUUUUACAGCUUGAAUGA